AUGCCGGCGGCCUGCGCCGCCCGGGUCUUCCAGCUCACCCGCGAGCUCGGCCACCGGUCCGACGGCGAGACCAUCGAGUGGCUCCUCCAGCAGGCGGAGCCGGCGGUAAUCGCCGCCACCGGCACCGGAACCAUCCCGGCCAACCUCGCCUCGCUCAACAUCUCCGCCCGGAGCUCUGGCGCCACCCUCUCCGCCCCGUCCCACCUAAGGGGCGGCGCCGCCGCCUUCGGGGGUCUCCAGACGGUGCCUUUCAGGGGCAGGGGCGAGGAUCCGUACUGGGAGAGGGCGCUCUUGUCCGGCCACGAGAAUCUGCUCAGCUUUUCCGGCGAGGCCGCCAAGCGGGAGCGGCGGCCGGAGGAGGAUCUCUCGGCCCAGAUGGGGGGCGGGUAUAUGGUGCAGUCCACGGCGGGUUCGAUUCCGACGACACAGGGGCAGACCCCGGCGACGGCGUUUCUGCAGGUGAUGGGCGGCGGCAGCGGCGGCGGCGGAGAGAUGUCCGGGUGGAGCUCCGGCGGGGGGCUGCAUUUUAUGAAUUUUCAGGCACCGGCGGUGGCUUUCUUGGCGGGGCAGCCGCAGGUUGCGGGCAGGGGAGGUGGCGGAGCGGCAGCCAACGGGCAGUUGAGCAUGCUGGCGGCGUUUAAUGGGUUUAGGGCGGUUUCCGGUGAUGGCGGGGCGGAGGAUGGCGGCGGCGGCGGCGGGAGCAGGAAUGGCCGGCUUGUUGAAGCACGAUCAAAUUUUGAUGAGUGA